UCCCCCGCCGCUCCCGAGCGCUGCUCCGGCUGCCCAAACUCUCUCCGCCCUCCGCGCACACGAAGUCCCGGAGCCCAGCGAUGCUCGCCCGUGGCCGUCCCGGGCCCUGCCUCGCUCUCUGCGCCUUCGGGCUGGCGCUGCUGGGGGACGUGUCCCGGGCCGUGCCCGUGGACGAGCAGGAUUAUUACCUGCAGGAAAUCACCAACAGGGAUCAUUAUUACUCCUUUCCAUAUCCUGGGGAAGAGUUCUUUCCUUUCACGGAGCAGCCCGGAGAGGAAGGACCUAUCCGUGCUGCUGAGACAGAGGAGCGCCCAGGGUUCAAACCGAGCAGGAAGGAGUUAAAACAGAAGAAAAACAACAAAAAAGGAAAACCCGUUCUUGAAACGCCACCAGAUUGCCCUCCACUUGGUCUGGAGACAUUAAAAAUUACUGACUUCCAGCUCCAUGCCUCCACAGCAAAGCGCUACGGCCUCGGGGCCCACCGAGGAAGGCUCAAUAUUCAGGCAGGUGUUAACGAAAAUGAUUUUUAUGAUGGUGCUUGGUGUGCAGGAAGAAAUGACCCCUACCAGUGGAUUGAAGUAGAUGCUCGAAGGCUGACAAAAUUCACUGGAGUCAUCACACAGGGAAGAAACUCCCUCUGGUCGAGUAACUGGGUGACCUCUUACAGAGUGUUGGUGAGCAAUGACAGCCACGCAUGGACUGCUGUCAGAAACGAAUCUGGAGAUGUGAUUUUUGAAGGGAACAGCGAGAAGGAGAUCCCAGUGCUGAACAUGCUGCCGGUGCCGCUGGUGGCGCGGUACAUCCGCAUCAACCCCCGCUCCUGGUUCCAGGAGGGCAGCAUCUGCAUGAGGCUGGAAAUCCUAGGCUGCCCCUUGCCAGACCCAAACAAUUACUACCACAGAAGAAAUGAAAUGACAACCACUGAUAAUCUGGAUUUUAAGCAUCACAACUACAAGGAGAUGAGGCAGCUGAUGAAAACUGUGAAUAAAAUGUGCCCAAAUAUCACAAGAAUCUAUAAUAUUGGAAAAAGCAACCAAGGACUGAAGCUGUAUGCAGUCGAGAUUUCUGACAACCCAGGAGAACACGAAGUUGGGGAGCCAGAAUUCCACUACAUUGCAGGAGCUCAUGGGAAUGAAGUGCUUGGACGAGAGCUAAUCCUUCUGCUAAUGCAGUUCAUGUGCCAGGAAUACCUGGCUGGGAACCCACGCAUUGUGCACCUCAUCCAGGACACCAGAAUCCACCUGCUGCCCUCAGUGAACCCUGAUGGAUAUGACAAGGCCUACAAAGCGGGUUCAGAACUGGGGGGCUGGUCCCUGGGACGCUGGACUCAGGACGGCAUUGACAUCAACAAUAACUUCCCUGACUUAAAUUCUCUGCUCUGGGAGUCAGAAGAUCAGAAGAAGAGUAAAAGAAAAGUUCCAAACCAUCACAUCCCAAUCCCUGACUGGUACCUGUCUGAAAAUGCAACUGUGGCGGUGGAGACGCGGGCGAUCAUCGCCUGGAUGGAAAAAAUCCCUUUUGUGCUGGGUGGCAACUUGCAGGGGGGAGAGCUGGUGGUGGCCUAUCCCUACGACAUGGUGAGAUCCAUGUGGAAAACCCAGGAUUACACGCCCACCCCGGACGACCACGUGUUCCGCUGGCUGGCCUAUUCCUACGCCUCCACGCACCGCCUGAUGACGGAUGCCAGGAGGAGAGCCUGCCACACCGAGGACUUCCAGAAGGAGGAUGGCACUGUCAACGGAGCCUCGUGGCACACCGUGGCUGGAAGCAUCAAUGACUUCAGCUACCUGCACACAAACUGCUUUGAGCUCUCCAUCUAUGUUGGCUGUGACAAAUAUCCCCACGAGAGCGAGCUGCCAGAGGAGUGGGAAAACAACCGCGAGUCCCUGAUUGUUUUUAUGGAACAGGUCCAUCGUGGCAUCAAAGGCAUUGUGAAAGAUGUGCAUGGAAAGGGAAUCCCAAAUGCUGUUAUUUCAGUGGAAGGUGUUAACCACGACAUUCGCACAGGAGCCGACGGGGAUUACUGGCGUCUCCUCAACCCGGGCGAGUACGUGGUGGGCGUCAAGGCCGAGGGCUACACCACCGCCACCAAGACCUGCGAGGUGGGCUACGACAUGGGGGCCACCCAGUGCGACUUCACCAUCUCCAAGACCAACCUGGCGAGGAUCAAGGAGAUCAUGAGGAAGUUUGGGAAGCAGCCCCUCGGGCUGUCGGCGCGCCGGCUGCGGCAGCGGGCGCGGCGGUGGCAGCGGCGAUAGAGCUCGGCGCCGGCUCUGCUUCUCUCAGCCUGGCUGUAGUCGUAGUGAGAGUUACAUAGCCCAUCUCUUCAUGCCUUUUUCUCUGCACGAGGCCUUUCUGUUUGUGGAGCUGGAUGGAUGCUCGGGGGGUUCUCAUUUUUGGUGGGAAAAGAAUCGGAAAUGAAGUUCAAGUCGAAGCAAAAGGAGCUCCCGGUUGAGGGGAGAGACAGGGAGAAUGGAGGAAGGUGUUUUGAGUCGAGCUGGAAUGAAAUGGUGUUGCUUUGUUGGGUUGUUCAAUCCUUUGUCAAUCUGUUUUCUUUAAAAAUUGAAGAGAGAGGAUAAAAAACAACAGCAACAAAAAAGAGAUACUUAUAAAGGAGAAGUGUUCUGAAUGAAAAAUUAAAAGACGUAUCUAAAGUAUGAAAUUGGUAUAUUUUUGCAACUCAGAACAGUUUUGACACUUUAUAUUCUAUUCUCAUAUGGGAGGAAAAGCUGAGGGGUGACAACUUUUGUUUAAUGUGAUUAAAACUUGUGUCAAAAUUGCUCUCUUUCUCUGAAAGUUCCCCUUUUGAUAAGCACUAUAUUUCAGGAAAAAUGCCUGCAGCGAAUAACCCACCUUUGCUUUCCUGCUUGGGUUGUUUAGAUUUAAGGAUGCUUUGUGCUGCCAGAGUUUAAUGCCAGGAGUGUUUUCUUGUCUGGCUUUUUAAGGCUGCAAUUUUGCUCCAUGAACUAAACCUGACCAAAAGCUUUUGGGAUCAGGAGCACUCCAGCACUGUGGUGUGGCAGUUCUUCCCUGAUGUGGGAGAAGGACCUGGACAAAGCUGUUCCUGAGGAUACAGCCAGGUGUGUCAUGUACGAGAGGAGAGGCUUAGCCACUGAGAGGUGCUGAAUUCACAAAUCCUCUGAUACCAUCUCUUUUCUUGAUUUUUGGCCUGACUUGAAGUGCCUUUUGUGCUCCUGCACUUCUCAUGCCACUGUCUUCUGUGACAUGCAAGGGGUUCUGGGUUCCUCUGCAAGCCUGCUCCUCUUGCUGCUGCUUUUCUGGCAUAAUGCCUCUUUGGGAGCAGGAGUUGUGCUUUUUUCUUGGUUUUUGAGUAGUAAAAUUGUACAGCAGGACGGGAUUGUGGUUCAAGAAAGAUGCAGAGCACAUCUAGGAAAGAACCAACACUGGGCAAAGUGCCUGAUGAAAAUACGACUUUGCUCCAUCAGCUUUAAUGUUAUGACCUAAAUUAUACCUAAAAAAAAAAAGGAGACAGCUGCAUUAUUUUAGCCAGUCUGUGGCUAAAUAAACAUCUCUUAACAUGCUUGGUAGAAGACUGCAGCUUACUCUUCCAAAUACAAUUCUGUUUAAACAGAAAAUUUUGACUUCUAUUUACGGUUUUUGCCAGUUUGAUAGGAUUCUUGGAAAAGACGUUCAGCAAAAUGUCAUUGAAACUGAGGAAAAAAUAAAGCAUGAGCAGAAAAGUUACUGUAAAAACACCAUGUGCCAUCUGUAUUAAUUAUUUUUUAUUGUCAAGGAAUGAAGGAAACACAUAAAAGGUGAAAGACUGCAGAAUGAAAAACAUAAUCUAGAGCCCUUGCAUGGUAAAUAAUCAUAUUCCUAAUUUUUUUAGGCAAUUUCAGCCCUUCCUUGUUCUGCAGAUACCACUAAAUAACAGCAAAGGUUCCAAUAAAACAGAAAAGUGCACUUUUAAUUCUCUGUGACUGAAAUUAUGGAACACCUCCAAGUCAGUAUCAUUUCAAUUAAGUAACAGAAGUAAACAACUCAUCCAAUCAUUCCAUCAUGUGGAAUUAUAUUUUACUAAUUUCACCCUCUUUGCACCCUUACAGCAUCCUGUAUGCCAUAUAUUUCUGUAUAACAAAUGUAACUGCAGUUUGUAAAGAAGGGAUAUUUUUUUCUUGAGAGGUGGGAAGGAAUUAAUGAUGUCUUUGUGCAGGUAACAAAGUGAAAUCAUUUUGGAAUAUAGAGUAAUGACAGCAGAAAAUUUGUUUGCAGUUAAAUUUGAUGUGUUCACUGGCAGAUGUAGAUUUUAUGACCAUCAUGAUGAUCAAGAGCACACAAGAUUUUUUUGGGUUAAGAAUGGAGUUUUUUGGGUGGAUCCUCUCUUGAGUCCCACAAAGGCAAUUUGUAGGUGGUUGGAAUGCAC